CACAAGGCUGUUGGCAAAGAGAUGAAGAAGAAGAGGAUGCCCACCAGCCCUGACGGCUUUGAGCCAAGGUUCUUAUAAUGAUACCCGCUCGUAGCCGUCAGCCUCAGCCGGACGCCACCAAGUGGACCGCGGAAGUGCCAUAUGCCAGCAGUCCUGACUGCCCAGCUGCCAUAUGGCAACAACGUCCGGCAUACCCUCUUGUAACGCAGCCGCGUCCACUGGUACCUACGCCGAGGACACCCGCACGGUACCCGCUACGCCUUGCUCCACCUGCUCGUUGCAACCCAGUCGCCAUCGCUCCCCUCGUGUCACCUGAUAAACCGGGAACACUGCUGGAUCCAUCUGUUGCGUACCCUUGCGGCAGCUAUGACGCCUACCUAGAGGCGAAGAUGAGGCGACAACACAAGAAGAAGGGAGACGAUUAUGAGUUCACGGACACCUCGUCCCUCGCCAGCCUAGAGGAACGAGAGCGCAAACAGCGACCGCGCAGCUACUUCUACAAGGGUCUCAAGCUGCCCAGCGGUCGCCUGGUGGACAUCCGAUACCGGAACAAGUACAUCCGCAAAUGGGCGAGGAAGGAGGCCAGCGGUGACGCGUGCCUCAUCUGCUGCAUUCUAGUCUUGAUGGUCCUGUUGCUGGCAAUGCUGUACGCCUACGCAUCAAACCAGAAAUGGUUCUUCAGCGCAAUAGGCAUUUUUAAGCCGAAGACGACGUCGUUGAUGCCACUUCACCGUAGGUUCGCCGAAAGCACCAUUCCCUUCACGGACACUGCCGAGGCCGCUGGUGAAUCUCUCACCGUCGAAGGCUCUACAGAGACUGUGUCGACUACCUCAACUGAAAUGAGCGUCGACUCUAGUUACCAUACCUCGAUGAACGAUGUCGCCGCUGAAGACUUUCUGCUGAGGUCACGUACAGCGAGAACAGAAGAAUCCGGGAGCUUUAAAAAAGCAUCGACACCACAGAGAACAAGUCGCACUCGGGCUAAUAAGAUCCACAGAGAGCAUGCCAAAGGUGUUUCAACCCUAAAGGAAGUUCUCGCUACCGCAGCGUCUCACCAUGGCAACAGCAAAGAGACAUCGACACUGACAGCGUACCGCAGUCUACGCACCUCAAGUCCGGCCGCUUCGUCCGCAAGCAAAACCAGAACGAGUGUGACCAGCAUGCUCGCCGGAAACUCUUCGGACCCUUCAAACAACACGACCAUCGAGCCCAGGCAGCCGCACUUCGCCUAUUGAACAACUUAUUUUUGUUGUGAUGUCAAUUGAUAAACUUCCGACACCUCUGAA